AUGCAAGGAUUGCCUUUCCGCGGUCAUGAUGAGUCAGAAGAAUCAUUAAAUCAAGGUAAUUUUCUUGAGUUCUUGAAAGUUAUUUCUUCUUGCAAUGAAGAGAUAGCUAGUGUUGUGCUAAAAAAUGCUCCAGACAAUCUCAAACUUACAUCACCAGAUAUUCAGAGAGAUAUUAUAAAUGCAUUUGCUGUUGAGACAACGAAAGCUAUUGUACAUGAUAUGAGAAGUGAAUUUUUCUCCAUAUUAGUUGAUGAGUGUCGAGAUGUAUCUGUCAAAGAGCAAAUGGGUGUUGUGGUGCGAUAUGUGGACAAGAAUGGAUGUGUUAUAGAACGUUUUCUUGGUGUUGUUCAUGUUAGUGAUACAACUGCAACCUCACUUGAGAAAGCACUUGAUUAUUUGUUAUCUACUUAUGAUUUAAGUAUAUCUAGUUUGAGAGGUCAAGGAUAUGAUGGCGCAAGCAACAUGAGAGGAGAAUUCAAUGGGUUGAAGAGUUUGAUACUCAAGAGAAAUUCCAGUGCUUAUUAUGUACAUUGCUUUGCUCAUCAGCUUCAGCUCACGAUUGUUGCUGUUGCUAAAAAACAUAAAAUUGUCGGAUCUUUUUAUAAUUCUAUCUCUCGUUUGUGUAAUACUGUUGGAGGUUCUUGUAAGCGCAGAGAUAUACUUCGGGAGAAACAGAGAGAGAAUAUUAUUAAAGAGAUUGCAAGUGAUGAAAUAAGCACAGGAAGAGGACUAAAUCAAGAAUUAUGUGGGGAGAAUGGUCAUGACGAUUCAAUAAGGGUUGAAGCUGAUGAUGUGCUAGAAAUUAUAAAUAGUUUUGAGUUUGUCUUUGUGUUACAUCUUAUGAAGCAAAUCUUGGGAAUCACACAUGAACUCUCCCAAGUGCUACAAAAGAAAGAUCAAGACAUUGUUAAUGCGAUGAAUCUUGUCAAGGUAGCAAAAUCACGUCUGCAAAUAAUGAGGGAAAAAGAUUGGGAUGUAUUGCUUGCUGAUGUUUCUAAGUUUUGUAGCAAAUAUGAACUGGAUGUGCUUGACAUGGAAGAUGAGUUUGUAGCUCGAAAAAAAGGAAGACGUAGAGCUGAGAAAAUGAAGAAUCUCCACUAUUAUCGAGUUGAGCUCUUUUGUUCUGUUAUUGACUUGCAAGCUCAAGAGUUGAAUCAACGUUUUGAUGAAGUCAACACAGACUUAGUUUUAUGCAUGUCAUGUUUUGAUCCUAGGGAUUUAUUUUCUGCAUUUGAUUUGGAGAAGCUGCUUCGUCUUGCACGGUAUUAUCCUUCUGAAUUUUCUGAAGUUGCUUUGUCCGAGCUUAAAAGUCAACUUGAGAACUUUAUUUUCGAUGUGCGCAUAGAUGAAAAGUUUUCACAAAUAUCAGGAAUCAGUGGUCUUGCUCAAAAGAUGGUUUCUACAAGGAAACAUGAAGUUUUUCCAAUGGUUUAUUCAUUAGUUAAGUUGUCAUUGAUCUUACCAGUUGCCACUGCAUCAGUAGAAAGAGCCUUUUCAGCAAUGAAGAUCAUCAAGACUUCUCUACGUAAUAGCAUGGGAGACCAACUAUUGAAUGAUUGCUUAGUUCCUUAUAUCGAAAAGGAUGUGUUUGUUAAAGUUACCAAUGAAACUAUUAUGCAGCGGUUUCAGAAGAUGAAUAAUAGAAGACAAAUGUUAUGA